AGGGGGCCGGGCCGCGAGGGCCCGUCGGUGCGGUCGCUCCGGGAGCUCUCAGCGGAUCUCCAGCCCGGCGGCCGCGCCCCCUGCAUCCCGCGGAAAAUGUCAAAUGGCGCUCCCGGGCCGUAAGGGUCUGUGGCCCCUGAUUGACCCCCACCGGCCGUCCGCCCUGACGCCUGCUGGCCGCCUUGCCGCGCGGAGACCGAGGGCAGCACGCGCCGGUCCCUCCGCGGGGUCCGCGGCCUGAGCCGCCUCGAGGACCCAAGUCGUAGCCGCGCCAGCCGCGCCCCCCACACCCAAUGGGUCUGUGCUACAGUCUCCGUCCGCUUCUCUUCGGGGAUCGGGAGGACGCCCCCCGCGGGGCCUCGGAGCCGCUGGCUCAGGAUCCGCAGCCCGGCCUGACCGCGGACCUCAUCCCGGCCGCCGCUGGUCCCCAGCUCCCUCGGGCGGGCGCGCGGCCCCGAGCCCAAGCCAAGAAGGAGCGAAGCGGGCGGCCCGAGCAGCAGCGCGCAGAGGAGCGCGAGGCCGAGCGCCAGGCCAGGAAGGUCAGCAGGAGCAUCGACCGCCUGCUGCGCGAGCAGAAGCGGGACCUGCAGCAGACACACCGGCUCCUGCUGCUCGGAGCUGGUGAAUCUGGGAAAAGCACUAUCGUCAAACAGAUGAGGAUCCUGCAUGUAAAUGGCUUUAAUCCAGAGGAAAAGAAGCAGAAAAUUCUGGACAUCCGGAAAAAUGUUAAAGAUGCUAUUGUGACAAUUGUUUCAGCAAUGAGUACUAUAAUACCUCCUGUUCCACUGGCUAACCCAGAAAACCAAUUUCGGUCAGACUAUAUCAAGAGUAUAGCCCCAAUCACUGACUUUGAAUAUUCCCAGGAAUUCUUUGAUCACGUGAAGAAACUCUGGGAUGAUGAAGGCGUGAAGGCAUGCUUUGAGAGGUCAAACGAAUACCAGCUCAUCGACUGUGCCCAAUACUUCCUGGAAAGAAUCGACAGUGUCAGCUUGGUGGACUACACGCCUACAGACCAGGAUCUUCUCAGAUGCAGAGUUCUGACUUCAGGGAUUUUUGAGACACGAUUCCAAGUGGACAAAGUAAACUUUCACAUGUUUGAUGUCGGUGGACAGAGGGACGAGAGAAGAAAAUGGAUCCAGUGCUUUAAUGAUGUCACAGCUAUCAUCUAUGUCGCUGCCUGCAGCAGCUACAACAUGGUGAUUCGAGAAGAUAACAACACCAACAGGCUGAGAGAGUCCCUGGACCUUUUUGAAAGCAUCUGGAACAACAGGUGGUUACGGACCAUUUCUAUCAUCUUGUUCUUAAACAAACAAGAUAUGCUGGCAGAAAAAGUCUUGGCAGGAAAAUCAAAAAUUGAAGACUAUUUCCCAGAGUAUGCAAAUUACACUGUUCCUGAAGAUGCAACCCCAGAUGCGGGAGAAGACCCCAAAGUUACAAGAGCAAAGUUCUUCAUCCGGGACCUGUUUCUGAGGAUCAGCACUGCGACCGGGGACGGCAAGCACUACUGCUACCCACACUUCACCUGCGCGGUGGACACGGAGAACAUCCGCAGGGUGUUCAACGACUGCCGCGACAUCAUCCAGCGCAUGCACCUCAAGCAGUACGAACUCUUGUGAGGCGCGCCGGCGGGUUCGCGCACCUUCCCCGGCCAGCGCCCCGCCCCCCUGCCGCGGCCCUGCGGGGAGCCGGGACCCGAGCCGGCCUGCGGGUCAGCCCGGAGCCUGGGGGAAAGUCUGAGUUCGCCUACUUGGGCCGCCUGCUCUGUCCCACGUGCGUGCACCCCACCCCGCGCCCGCCCCUGCGUCCACCGAGCCUCUGGCUACCUCUGUCCUCCUCGGGUUUGGUCUGUAGCUGAAGUUCCCACUGAACUCGACCUUCACACUUUCUCCCAACCCACCCACUGGUGUCACUGCCCUACUUGCCCCUCGCUUGGGUGACACUGCAGUGAGAUCUUGCGAGGGGGCGGGGGGGGGGCUGUGGAUUCAUUCGUAAAUAUUUAAUCAUCAUGGAUUGAUUCUUCAGGAACUUGACUGGGAGGGAAGGAGAAAUGCACUUUUUUCUGAGUCAUCCAGCAUGGCUGUGAGGCCCUAGCAGACGCUGAGCCACAGCUUUAAGAAGCUGCGGGAGACACAGGUGCCCUCUGAUCUGCAUGGGCCCCCGAGACUUAGAAUGGAGUUCCCCAAGCCAGAGGGCAAGAAAUUCUUGUCAGAUAC